CUUCAACCUCUCUUCGACUCGAUGGAACACGAUAUGGUGAUGCAAAUACCUAACUAGUCAACAUUCUUUCAGGUAAACGCAUGUAUGGUUCAAGAUAAUGCGAGCACAUCCCGCCGAGCAUAUCACGACAGGAACACUUUUCGUUGCACCGGAAAUCUCCAAUCCCACCAAAACAUUCAUGGAUAGAACCAUUUGAAAGCAGAGAAAGGACUACCGCCAAUUUGGUUUCCAAAAGAACGACGAUGCUGUUCCCCGAGGAGCACGCGCCUCACCUCAAGAAAUGGAUCGUCAAGCGCCUCGAGAAUACAUCUGAUGCCGACGCAGACGUGCUUGCCGACUACGUUCUGGCCCUUUUGCGCCAUGAUGGAGAUGUCAAGGAUGUACGGAAACUUUGCGAGGAGGAAAUCCCAGACUUUCUCAAAGAAGAUUCCUCCGUCUUCGUGAGCGAUGUCUUCGACGCAAUCACAUACCGGUCAUAUCUUCCCGGCGUCCCCCCUCCACCUCCCAGACAAGUGCCGCCUCCCGCCUCUGCUGCUGCCCAGCCGCCGCUCUCGUUCUAUGAUGAUGUCCCAAUGCCCCAUGCCCCGGAAUAUCUACAGCCACCCGGUCAGAACGGUUCCAAGAAACGGGGAUACACCGACUGGGACGACCCGAACGCUCAGAGUGGCAGAGAUGCUAGCUUUGGCGGAAGGGCUUUCAAGCAGCUGCGCCGUGGUCGCGGGUCUAGAGUGGACGAUUCGAACAGUUUCGGGGCCGCACCGCAAUCCAUACCUCCUUUCACCCCUGCCGGCCAGUUACCAGCCCAAGGGGGCCCUGCUCCCCAGACGGUUGGGUACUUCGAUCCGAAUCGGGCUAUUGGAGAAUUGCUUGGCAUGAGCUUAGCCGCUGGCCAUCCCAUGCCUGAUUUGCUGUCCCAGGACCCGGGCUACUUGGGCAAGAGGAGACCGAGGUGUCGCGACUGGGAGAAGAAGGGCUAUUGCCAGCGUGGGAGUAACUGCAUGUUCGAACACAGCAACGACCCGAUAUACCCUCCCCUGCCACCCCCUCCGUUCGGUGCAGUGCAGCCUGUGCCGCAGCCCCAGGCAAUCGAAGAGUACGACCCAAACAACGCUCUCAUGCCGGAUCUAUUCAAUACACUGGCUCCUUUGCAGGGACAGCGGCAAUUCUUGCCCGACUCUAGCCAGCAACAACCAAAACACAAGGGAGGCAGACAUAACAACCGCCAAAAGCAGGGCAACAAAGCCCCAUUCUCCGCAGACGGACCGGUGUUUGAUAGAACAAAAUCGACGAUCGUGGUAGAGAAUAUCCCAGAAGAGAAUUUCAGCGAAGAUCAGGUCAGGGGUUUCUUCGCCCAGUUUGGCACCAUUCUGGAGGUUUCAAUGCAGCCAUACAAGAGGUUGGCCAUUGUCAAAUUCAGCAACUGGGCAUCGGCCAAUGCAGCCUAUCAGUCACCAAAGGUCAUUUUUGACAAUCGCUUUGUCAAGGUCUUUUGGUAUAAGGAGAAUGAAUCCUCUCUGCCGGCAUCGGGCGUCUCUCCCGAGCAAAUGAAGAUAAAGUCCGCCAACGGUUACCCAUUGGCUGACGUCGACAACCAAGGCACACAACCCGAGAUCGAUAUGGAGGACUUUGUGAAGAAGCAAGAGGAGAAACAGAAGGCCUUUGAGGAGAAAAGGAAGAAGAUAGAGGAGCUGGAGCGCCAACGGCAGGACCUUGAGAAACGGCAAAAGGAGCUUCUCGCCAAGCGCCAGGAGGAAAAGGCGAGACUAGAAGCAAAACUUGCGCGGCGCAACGGUUCUGUAUCAGGAGGCAGCGAAAGCGAUUCGAGAUUGUCGAAGCCAACCAGUCAGACGGAAGCACUCCGCGCCCAGCUGGCGGCUCUAGAAGCAGAAGCCAGAGAAAUGGGACUCGAUCCUGAUGCUGACAUUGAUGCCCCGGCGUCCUGGCCCGCAAGGGGUGGGUUCGGACGCGGAAGGGGCCGCGGUGGAUGGCGGGGGGCGCCUCCAUACUACACCCCCCGCGGUACUUAUGGUUACCGCGGCGCACCGCGCGGGCGCGUCAACGUCCACGCCGCAUACGCGGCAUAUUCGCUCGAUAACAGACCGAAGAAAGUAGUGCUCACGGGUGUGGACUUUACCGUGGCCGAAAAGGAUGAGAAACUGCGACAGUACCUUUUUGGCAUCGGUGAGUUCACAGACAUCCAAUCAACCCCUUCGGCCACCGAGAUCACCUUCAAAGAUCGAAAAACCGCCGAGAAAUUCUUCAACAGCGUCCUGCUCAACAACAAGGAGAUUCCCGACGUUGACGGCUAUCUUGAGCUAACCUGGGGCGCAUCCAACGGCACCUCUGGCUCGCUCCCCACCAACCCAGGGGCAUCAGCUACUACCAACACCAGCACCAUUACUCCUGUUACCACCAGCAGCGCCGGCAAAAACAACAACACCAAUCAGCUCACUGCCUCAAACACUGGAAGAGCGAGCAACGGCACUGGCGUCGCGGGAACUACGAACGCGGUAGCGGGAGGCAGGGCCGUGACCAAGAAGGCCGCGGGCCAGACCUCCACCACUCAUCAUCUGGAGACGUCAGCGGAAGACGACGGUGCGGCCGGCAGCAGCAGCGACGAUAAGGACGUGCACAUACUGCUCGAGCGGCCGCCUGACGAGAACAAGAAUGACCAGCAUGACAUGGAUUAUGAGGUUGCGGAUGAAAAUCAGUGGGGGUACUGAUCCCGCCCAGCAGCAUUUCCUGAAUUGGGGGCUUGCUGCGGCGGUGGAUCGAGGUUAAUAUGCACUCUUGAACAAAGAGACCUGGACGGGAGCAAGGGGGGGGAGAUCGAGGUGCAAUGUCCUGUUGUGAAGUAUGUACGGUACUAGUACGGUGCUUGCGGGGGGGACGUGGUUGGCUAGGUAGCUACAAACACGUUUGUGUAGGUUGGGCUUUGUAGGUUAGUAGGCAGGGCUGAGGCAGGUAAGGUAGCUGAGGCAUCAGCCUGCAGACUUGCCUGUCUCGGAGUAAUACACUGUACAUGUACCUGUAUAUAGCUGUACCUAC